AUGAUUAAUUAUCAUAUAAACACUUUAAGAGGAUCUGUUACAGACUAUAUGCCAGUUUUAUUUGAAGAUUUGUUUUUUGAUAAAAGCCAUUUGAGCUCAAAUAAAAUGGGUGUAAUUAGUCUUUAGAAUUUUGAAUAAUUAAGAUAAGAUCCUUAAUGUAUAAUGGAUAAUUUAGUGAUUAAUGAUGUAUCAUAGAUUGUUCAUGAAUUUUAAAAUUUACCAUAAUGUCUUAUAUGCACAUCAUGUAAUGAUUUAGAGAAAUUGAAUCGAUUACUUUAAUAUUGUAAUCAGAUUGACAUAGCAAUUGGAUAUUAACACAAUAUUUCAAAAUAAUUAAAUAAUCUACCUCUAUAUUCAGUUGAUAAUCUAAUAAAGAAAUUAGAAAUGGAAAUAACAAUAGGGACUAAUAAUUUAAAGCCUGCAUUUAUAGGAAUAAUUAAUUUUGAAGAAAUAGAUUUCAAUAAUUAAAUUUGGAUAAAUAUAAUAGAGAGCUAUAUAAUAUGUUCUGAAAAUUGUGGAAUACCAAUAGUAGUUGAUCAUCGUUAAAAAUUAGAAUUUAAGGCGAUAUAAUAAAAAUAUAAUUAGAGAAAUGCUAAAUUUAUAAUAUUGAAUCCAUAUUUAGAAGUGAAUUAUACAAAAACAAACUAUUGUAUAAAAAAGGAAAUAAACAUAAAUUCAAUAGAUUUAAAAUAAAAAAUAGUAUAUAAUAAGAAUGAGAUUGAUUAUGAAUUAUAUAGUUUAAUGCCUGUUUAUUUUACAGUAGGAAUAAAGUUUAAGACACAUUUAAAAAUGUUCGGAGGUAAAGGAUUUGAGAUUUUGAAUAAAAAUACAGAAGGAUUGUUUGAUCUAUUGAAAUGGUCUAGUUAAGUGAUAAAGAUAGUGGAAAUAAAAAUGUGGAAAUGUCCUAUGUAAUGAAAUUGAAUUAAAGAAUAGUUGUAAAAAAGAGUAAGGAGAGAAUGAAGAGAGAUUUAAGAAGUUGGGAAAAGAGUUCUGUAGUAUGAAAUGUUUGAGAUAAGGGUUGAAUUGAUUAAUAAUAUAAAUUAAUAGUCGU